AUGCCUCCUCCCCAGUGCGCGCGCGCGCCCCUCUCCGACCACGCCCCCUUUCUCCCAGGAGAGGCCCAGGGUGCACCGCGGGCCGCGCACGCGCACGGCCCCGGCCCCCCCCCGGGAGACGUCACGGGCCUGCCGCGGUCGGGCGCCCUCUGCUGGCCGGCGCCACCCUUCCACGUUGCUCAGUUGUCAACAAGUGCAAAAUACGCUCUUAUAAAUGGCACCGCUGAAGAUGGGGAGGAGGUGUAUUUUAUUGUCGUAUUUUCUCAGGAGAAGCUGGAUGACGGGUUUGGCGUUGCGGCCUGGACUGCUAUGGGUCGGCGAGAGCCGCUCUGGCGCUUGGGUGUUUGGCUCCCUUUCGUGCUCUUUCUACUGGGUGGGCCGGCUCAGGGGCACCGAGGCCCAGGCGUGCCAGCGGACGGCCACCGUUUGAGGGCGGUGGGGAACAGGCACGCCCGGAGCUACCACCACCUGGAGGGGGACAUCCGCUGGAGGCGGCUCUAUUCGUCCACCCAUUUCUUCCUGCACAUUGACAGCAACGGCAAAGUUGAGGGGACCCGUUGGAAGAAGUGUCCGUACAGCAUUGUGGAGAUCCGCUCCGUGCACGUGGGGGUGGUCGCGAUCCGAGCCGUUCACAGCGGCUUCUACUUGGCCAUGAACAGAAAGGGGAAAAUCUACGGAACGAAAGUGUACAGCCCCAACUGCAAAUUCAAGGAGCGCAUUGAAGAGAACGGCUUCAACACGUACGCCUCCCUGCGCUGGCAGCACGAAGGCCGGCAAAUGUUCCUCUCGCUCAACGGCCAAGGCGUCCCCCGGCUGGGCACGAAAACCUACCGGCAGCACCUCUCCACGCACUUCCUGCCGAUGCUGGUCACCUAA